AUGUCGAUGCUGAAGGUUCAAGGGACUAAAUUUGUCGAUGAAGGCGGAAAGGAAGUCAUCCUGCGAGGGGCGGGGCUCGGCGGUUGGAUGAAUAUGGAGAACUUCAUCUCGGGCUAUCCUGGAUGCGAAUACCAAAUCCGAGAAGCACUUGCGGCCACCAUCGGACAGGAAAAGUCUGAUUUCUUUUUCGAUAAAUUCUUGGAGUACUUCUUCAUGGACGCCGAUGCCAAGUUUUUCAGCACUCUUGGAUUGAAUUGUAUUCGUUUGCCGUUCAACUAUCAUCAUUUUGAAGAUGAUAUGAAUCCUCGUGUACUAAAGGAGUCUGGCUUCAAGCACCUUGACCGCGUCAUCGAGCUGUGUGCCGCCCACAACAUCUACACCAUCCUUGACCUCCAUACCGUCCCAGGGGGGCAGAACGUUGGCUGGCACUCGGACCACGGCGGACAUCUCGCAAACUUCUGGAAACAUAAGGAUUUCCAGGACCGCACGGUCUGGCUCUGGGAGCAACUUGCUGCACAUUACAAGGGAAACAAAUGGAUUGCCGGGUACAACCCGCUCAAUGAGCCGACGGAUCCGAGCCACAGACAAUUCAUCGAGUUUUACCACAGAAUAUUUGCCACCAUCAGGGCUAUUGACCAGGAUCAUAUCAUCUUCUUCGACGGAAAUACCUGGGCGCAAGAUUUCACUGCUUUUGGGGACGCUUAUAAGCGAUGGGACAACACGGCAUACUCGAUCCAUGACUAUUCACCCUUUGGAUUCCCGGCAGCACACGAGCUAUAUAGUGGGACCCCGGAGCAGCGGGAGAGGAUGCAGAAGACCUACGAGCGAAAGCGCGAGUGGCUGGACGAAAGGGGACUGUGUGUGUGGAAUGGAGAAUGGGGACCCGUCUAUGCGAGGAAGGAGUAUGAUGGGGAAAAGACGGAGGAAAUUAAUCGAGUGAGAUUUAAAGUGCUUGGGGAUCAGUUGGAGAUGUAUGGAAAGGAUUGCCUGAGCUGGUCCAUCUGGCUAUACAAGGACAUCGGGCUGCAAGGAAUGGUCCACGUCUCCCAAUCGACACCCUACAUCACUCUCUUCCGUGACUUUCUCUCCAAAAAGCAUCGCCUCGCGGUGGACCAGUGGGGCUCCGACGACACUCACGUCCGGCAAAUCUACGCGCCACUCAUCGAGCACUUGCGGAACGAAAUCCCCGAAGAGAACCGUGAGAUCUACCCACAUCCGGCAUACCGCUUGGGUGACCGCGCUGCGCUGUUGUCGCGCAACAUUCUCCUGAGCGAGUAUCUCGUGAAGGAAUGGGCAGACCAUUUCAUUGGCAAGACGCAAGAAGAGCUGGACAAGAUUGCGGCAAGCUUCAAGUUCGAGGGGUGCGAAAAGAGGGACGAGUUGAAUCGUGUCCUGAUGGAGUCCCGGUGA